AUGACAAACCUAUUGCAAGAUGAUUUCACCUCUCCGGAAUCCAGCAAAAGAAUGUUGGAGGAAGAUCCAGUGACCCAAAUUGACAACUUAUACCAUCGAAUGCAUGCCGAAUCGUCCAAAAUAAAGAAAGAGAUAGAUACUCAACUGUGGCGAAAGUUUAUUGGAUCACUUCCAAUCCAAGCAUGGGCCACUCGUCCAACUAUGAAGCCUCUCGAAUUCGGCGAAAAGCUUACAAUUAAACGUCUUAUCCCAAAGAAGUCAAAUAUGAGCAAUAGCUCAAUUAUCCGGUUAUGUACAUGCCCCAAAAAUGGGUCUGAUUUAGGAAGAGAGAUUGCAAGAAUCCCUGAAGAUUUGACCCGGAUAUUUUCGCCAUUACUUGAUCUAGACAUCUCUUCCUUUGACGCAACUGUCAUUGAAAGCACAAAAAAGAGACUAUCUACUGGUGAUUCAUUUUUUAUUCAAGUGGAUAUAUUCUUGAAGAACACGGCAUUUAAGAUUAACAGUGUGGAAGCUGAUGCUUCUGGUGAUUUGAAGGUGUUCAAAAAACAAAAGACUCAGACAAUAAAGUCGAAUUUUGACUUCGGGGCAGAAUCCGAAAAUGAAUCAGUUCUAAGGUUAAGACAAUUUGCACUUUCAAAAUUAUUUGAGAAACUCAGCAUCAAACCUACAAAGCAUAUGGAUGAUCAACCGAUUGAGCCCGAAGUACGAGACGAAACAGUAACAUCUGAUGCUAACGAGGCCGACCCCAUCAGCUUGGAUACCGAUAGUGAAUUAGAUGAAGAGGCACCAGAAGUUAAACCAGUUGAUCAUGUCAGUCUUGAUCAAUUGAAGCAGUUCUAUCAAGAAAACAAUCAAUCAAGCUUACUCAAUAGUUUGCCCGAAACGACUAAACCACCUAGUUCCAACUUUAAGUUAGAUUUGAGACCAUAUCAAAAACAUGGACUUUCAUGGAUGCUCACUAGAGAGAAGGAAGUCUCCACUUUAGAAGUGUUGGCAUCUGAGGCAGACAACAGCUCCUCCUUAUCUACACAGUCAAAGAACAGUAUUAAAGAGAGAGAAGAAGGAAUGAUGAACCCUUUGUGGAGGAGAUACAAAUGGCCAAGAGAUACUUCAGCACAAUCAGCAACUCCUGAAUCUACUCAGUCUCAAUCUCAAUCUCAAUCAUCGGCAAAAUACUUUUAUGCCAACAUGUAUAAUGGUGAAUUAUCUGUGGAAAAGCCACUUAUUAAAUCAACGCUAAAGGGAGGGAUUUUGGCAGAUGAAAUGGGUCUAGGUAAGACAAUCUCAGCUCUCUCACUUAUUAAUUCAGUUCCAUAUGAUACAGAUCCAAUAUCUAAUGCCUUUAGACUACCUUACGCAUCAAGAACAACCCUCAUCGUGGUACCAAUGUCUCUUCUCUCCCAGUGGAAACUGGAGUUUGACAAAGCAAAUAACAACGAGAACCAUUAUUGCUAUAUUUAUUAUGGUGAUUCAACCGAGAAUAACUUAAAAUCGAGAUUAUGCAAUAAGUCGUCAAGCAUCCCGCUCGUAAUGCUUACGACAUAUGGUACGUUAGUAAAUGAAUUUACAAGAAUCUCAAAGCAUAGAAAUAACGAAGGUCAUCUCCCCCAAAUGGGCCUUUAUUCAGUCAGUUAUUUCCGAAUUAUUUUGGAUGAAGCUCACAACAUAAGAAAUCGAAGCACUAAAAGUGCAAAAUCUAUUUAUGAGUUGUCACUGCAAAGGAAAUGGGCAUUAACUGGCACACCAAUUAUCAACCGUCUUGAUGAUUUGUACUCAUUAGUUAAGUUUUUAGAGCUUGACCCUUGGUGUAAUUUCUCCUAUUGGAAAACAUUUGUGACCUUACCUUUUGAGCAAAAGAAGAUUUCCCAAACUUUAGAUGUUAUCAAGUCGAUUUUGGAACCAAUUUUUCUUAGAAGAACUAAAAAUAUGAAACAGAAAGAUGGAAGGCCGAUGGUUGAAUUGCCACCAAAAGAAGUGAUAAUUGAAGAGAUAAAUUUCAAUCAGAAGGAAGAAAAACUAUACAACUGGUUCAAAGCUCGGGCAAAUAAAUCAUUUAAGGAAGGUAUGCAGUCGGGUCAACUUUUGAAACAGUAUUCUCAAAUCUUAACCCAUAUUCUCAGACUAAGACAGAUAUGCUGUCAUAUGGAUCUCGUGGGAACUCAACACGAUAUGGAGGAUGAUAAUAAUGACGAGAAUGAUAAUAUUAAGGAAGAAAUGAAAGAGUUUGUCACCAAAAAAAUUACGAAUGAAGGAUUUGCAAACGAAUCCGAAUCCAACAAAGUGAUGUACUCAUUAUUUGAUAAGGUUAAUUUGACAGACUCGGAGUGUUCAAUCUGCACACAAUCUCCAAUUCAUCUUGGAGAAAUGGUUAUUACUCCUUGCGGGCAUCAGUUUUGUUUGACUUGCUUAAUCGAGCACAUCGAUUUCCAAAAUCGACAAAGCAAAGAAUCAUUCUGUCCCAAUUGCAGGGAAUCUGUUUCGAAGUACAAGCUCUUUAAGGUCAGAUCAAAAGAAACCAGUAAAAAAGAGAUCCGGUUUCAUACAAAUGUGGAUGUUACUGAUCCCAGCGAGAAGUUCAAAUUUCAACUUUAUCUAUAUGAUCCGGAUAGGGCAUCUUCUAAAAUUCAAGCAUUAAUGGGACAUCUCAGAUCACUUAAACUUCAGAAUCCAGGAGAGAAGGUUAUCGUUUUCUCUCAAUUUUCUUCUUAUUUGGAUAUUAUCGAGAACGAAAUUAAACUUCAAGGAGGUAAGGACUUUAUUGUCUACAAGUUUGAUGGUAGGCUUCAAUUGGGAGAGAGGGAAAAGGUGUUGGAGAAAUUUAAUACUAAUGAUAAAACGAUAGAUAAGAUAACUAUAUUGCUCCUUUCGUUGAAAGCUGGUGGUGUUGGCUUAAAUUUAACUACUGCUUCCAGGGCCUUUAUGAUGGAUCCUUGGUGGUCACCAAGUGUUGAAGAUCAAGCUAUUGAUAGAAUUCAUAGAAUUGGCCAGAAUGAAACUGUGAAAGUUAUUCGUUUUAUCGUGGAAAAUAGUAUUGAAACGAAGAUGCUUAAAAUUCAAGAGAGAAAAAAACAAAUUGGAGAGGCUGUCGGUGCUGAAGAGGAAGAAAGAAGGAAGAGAAGGAUCGAGGAAAUUCAAAUUCUUUUUGAAGAGUGA